AUGCUUGCAAACCAAAAAGAGCAAAUAGGUGGGAGGUCUGAGACUCUUCGACUGUCAGCUUUUUUGGCCGACAGCCUUUCUGUCGGGUGUUUAAAGGGGUUUAGGCAUUUUGAAGUAUAUUUGAGAGGUCGGGAGGAGUUGUUAUUACGUGUUUACAUUGAUGACCAAAGACGAAAUUCGACUGAAGAAAGCAGUAGACUGAAAUAUAACUCUUUAUCGCUUGCAAAAUUUCAGUUUCAUAAAUGGACUCUUAAAAAUAGACUUAGUAACGGAUCUGAUUUUUUGGAAAUGACAUUGCCACCAUCGAGUCCUUUAGACGAAGAAUUGGAAAAAGAUGAAGCAAAUCAUGUUUUCCUAAUAGCUGGAUAUGCAAGAUAUAAAUGUCCAUAUGUUUGGUUGAGAUCGAACCAUAAACGAUUAAUCCAACUUCAAGACGAUCAAAAAUUGGAAACCGAUAAUCCCUUAAAACUCGAUACUAUAGCAGCGUGGAAAACUCAAGAUAUAAAGUUAUGGGAAAUAAUUGCAGAAGUAAUAACAUUGAGUCUAUCACCACCACCAGAAAAUCCAUUUGAAAUAAAUCAUUCAUACUAUGAUACAUUACCGCUUGAAGAAUGUGCAGUAAGUACAGGUGCUAUGGUUGAUUUUCUUCAAAAAGUCUAUUUAAAGGAUACGUUCUAUGCUGACAAAGUUUUUGAAGAUAUAAAAAUAUUACAACAACGACAUUUUGCGGCGUUUGAUGAAAUGAAUGAAGCGUUAAACUCCAACGCGUUAGAAAAAUCAAAUCCCUCAUCAGGUGUAUCAGCUACAAAUUGA